AUGAGCCUUGACGGCCCGAGAGCGGGUUCCGAGACGGCCAGCGAGGAAGACUAUGAAGAGAACGUGCGCCCGAAGCUUGUAGAGCCACAAGUUCUGCGGCGUCGCCGAGGUCACUCUACCAAGGUGCUGGCACCAGCUGAGGCAUCAUCUGCCCUAGCCAGCGACUCCACCUCGAAGCCUCCUUUUCGCAUUAUCCGCCGCGACUCGGGAGUUCAUAUUGUCCCAGAUGAAGACAAAAGCCUGCAACAACUCUUGCAGGCCAGCUCUCAACGGGCACGAGACCCCUCACCUCGCCGCCCAGGCAAGUUCGCCGACCUUGUCUUUACAAGACAAUUCUCGGCGUUUGAUCGCCAAAACACAUCAUCUGUGAACAGUCCAUUCCACGGAUUCUAUACUCUAUUCUGGCUUGCAGUCGCGCUGUAUGUCUUCAAGAUCUCGGCUAACAACUGGAGGGUGUAUGGAAACCCCUUCGGGACGAGCGACAUCAUGAAAACCAUGUUUCGUCGUGACGUGAUUGUUCUGCUUUUAUCAGAUGGUAUCAUGUGUGGCCUUACUGGAGUCAGCUGGCUGAUCCAGAAACUCGUCUUCAACGGUCAUCUUGAUUGGGAUCGAGCCGGAUGGGUUAUCCAACAUAUGUGGCAGACUAUUUACAUUGCUGCCGUGGUAGGCUUGACUCUCUGGCGAGACUGGCCAUGGACACACACAGUCUUCUUCGUCCUCCACGGCAUUGUCAUGCUAAUGAAACAACACUCUUACGCCUUCUACAACGGCCAUCUCUCAACUGUAUUAAAAAAACGGACCGCCUUAUUGACUAAACUCAAGCAACUUGACCUCGUCCUUCCAGCAACCGGGCCUUCACAGACUGACCCUCCCGUCUCCGACAUUUCUACACAACACCUCGAGAUCCCGCCAUCUGCCGAGCAGCGUCGAAGGUCCAUUUCUCAACUUCCUAACGACGAGGAUAGCGAUGUGGACAGAAUAUCCCGCGCUAUUGCUUCACGGCGGCCAUUGGACAACCAGCAGAUCCGUCUCUUUGAGCGAAUCAUAAAAUGGGAAGUCGAUGCUCUGGCGGAUGAGCUGAAAGGAACUUCAAAUCACCCAUCUCGGGUGUAUCCAAACAACCUCACAUUUUUAAACCACUACAAAUGGAUUCCUCUCCCGACUCUCGUGUAUGAGUUAGAGUAUCCCCAGUCCGAUUCCAUCAGCUGGUCGUAUGUUGCCGAGAAGCUCGUCGCUAUGGUCGGAGUCCUCUUCGUUAUGGUUCAGGUGUCGCAGUACUCAAUCUACCCAGUGGUAAUGGAGGCGUUAGAGAUGAAACAUGCUGGCGUCCCCCUUACCGCCCGAUUCCAGCAAUUCCCUUGGCUCCUCAGCGAGUUGAUCUUUCCAUUCAUGAUGGAAUACUUGCUUGUCUGGUAUCUCAUCUGGGAGACAAUCCUUAACAUACUAGCCGAGCUUACCUACUUUGCCGAUCGAAGUUUCUACGAUGCCUGGUGGAAUAGUGUCUCGUGGGACCAGUUUGCCCGUGACUGGAACCGACCUGUCCACAUCUUUCUCCUCAGGCACGUUUAUCACAGCUCCAUCUCAUCAUUGAAAGUCAAGAAACAUACCGCCACACUUAUAACAUUCUUCCUCUCCGCAUGUGUGCAUGAGUUAGUGAUGUGGUGUUUGUUCAAGAAGCUGAGGGGCUAUCUUCUGGUUCUGCAAAUGUGUCAACUACCGCUGGUGAGACUCAGUCGCACAAAGUGGCUUAGCGGGCGGAAAACGUUGGGAAACCUCAUAUUCUGGUUAGGCAUAUUCACGGGACCGAGUCUUCUCUGUAGCCUCUACCUGAUCCUUUAG